CCCCAGUUCUGUGCGAGAGCGUUUUGACACGAUCCACAUCAUUGCCUGUGCAGGCAACCUCUUGACUCCCAGCAAUUUCGAUCACAGCGCCCUCUUCUGCGACAACAUUCACCGUCGCUCGGAGCACACGCGAUUUUGGGUACGAUAGAAACGAGUGGAUCUCCAGCACAUCCGGCUUCCCCACUCCCGCCACAAAGCUUCCUCGCGCCGAGUUUCGGGCCGUAUCAUCAGUUCCUACUCUUCACGUAGUUCGAGUUUCUGCUGCAGCACACACGGGCGCAUUGCCCUCAGUGACAAACUUUCCGCCGUUUCAACGUGCCUCCUUUGGUAGGAAAGCGCCCAGUCAGCGCCGCCCGGACACUCAGUUAUGUCCCGCUGAUCUAUGGCAACGGCCAACCCACGACUACAACGUGACCUCGCAAGCCAAGAUGGCCAGCUAUCGUCGCAACAAGACCCAUUGAGCCUACACGAAUAUAUCAUGUCCGAUUCAAGGACACCAAGAAUCGAAUCUCUCAUCCACCCCUCACCCUCCUCGUCCAUGGCCUCCGGCAGCAGUCCUCGCUAUCCAGAUUUUGCGCAAGUGUCGACAACCAAUUUUUCAGGUCCACUUCCACCUCACCAGCGCUCGCCUCCGAAUCCGUCCUCAAGUGCGUUUCUUCCCUUGAACAGCCCAAGUCAGCCAUCACCAGUUAUUCUUCCGCCUCUUGACACACAUAACAUGCUGAGCUUGUCGACAAAUGGCAGCGAUACGAGAGCUAAAGCAAGUAACAUGAAGGCUGGCGCACCAAGAACUACAAGCAUGGAGAUUCUCGCAGAGGCCUCGGAGAUGGCGUCGUCAGCGGACAAACAUGCGCAGACGAAGAGGAAGAUGGCUGAAAAGGACAAGAACGAGCCACCACCAGCGUGGUCAGAGCUGAAAACCAAAGCUGGGAAGGACCGGAAGAGGUUACCUCUAGCCUGUAUAGCCUGCAGAAGAAAGAAAAUCCGCUGCUCCGGUGAGAAACCCGCAUGCAAGCAUUGCUUGCGAUCACGGAUACCGUGCGUGUACAAAGUGACAACCCGCAAGGCCGCACCGCGAACUGAUUACAUGGCAAUGCUCGACAAGAGGCUUAAGAGAAUGGAGGAUCGGGUUAUCAAGCUCAUUCCCAAGGAGAGCCAAUCAGCGGUUCCGCGAGCAGUUGUACGUCCUGCUCUGCCGACACCGCCAACCAAAACGACGGGUAAAAAACGCGCAGCUGACGAGGCUUUUGGUGACGAUCCAGACUUAGAUAAAUGGUCAAGGUCCAAAAUUGCGGCCAAAACCAGCGAAUUGGCAGAAAAUUUCAAAGGAGCGGAAACAGAAGAAAAGACUCUGUUAUACGAAGGUGCCGAGUACCUGCCAUCGAAAGAGAUACAAGAGCAUCUGGCGGAGGUUUAUUUUGAUUUCGUUUAUGCUCAGUCCUACCCACUGCUUCACAAGCCAAGCUUCAUGGCCAGGCUGUCUGCGGGUAACGUGGCACCGGUGUUGGUUCUCGCAGUUUGCGCAAUAUCCGCUCGGUUUUCCAACCAUCCACAGCUGCGAACUGAACCAGCAUUCUUACGUGGUGAGGAGUGGGCAAAAGCAGCUCGUGACAUCGCGCUCCGUCGAUGGGACACCCCAAAUCUCACUAUUUUGAUUGUCUACCUCUUGCUCGGCUUGCAUGAAUUUGGCACGUGUCAUGGAGGUCGUAGUUGGAUGCUCGCAGGCAUGGCCCAGCGAAUGGCUUUUGCGCUACUUCUCCACCAAGAUCUCGACCAUAACGGUUGGGGUAAACAUGCCCAGAAGAAAGACGAGUCUGAAAUCAGCCCUACCGACCGAGAGAUUCGCCGACGUGCCAUGUGGGCUUGUUUCCUUAUGGAUAGAUUUAAUGCAUCUGGAACGGAUAGGCCGAUGCAGAUGUCCGAAGACUUCGUUAACAUCCCUUUGCCCGUCAAAGAACGCCUCUUCGAGAUGGAGCUCUCUGCACCAACAGAAACACUUCAAGGCAAAGUUCUGAAUCCUGUAGACAAGGACGCGGGACAAUUGGAAUGUGCGCGAAAUAAUAUGGGCACGUCUGCGUACUACAUAAAGCUUGUUGCUGUGUGGGGUCGGCUUGUUCAGUACUGGAACAUGGGCGGACGCGAGAAAGAUCAGUACCCGAUCUGGAGCGAAAAGUCGAAACUUCAUGAACUGCGGAAGCAAGUGGAUGACUUUAAGCAACAGCUACCAGCGCAUUUGGCCUGGACUCCAGAAAAUCUUCAGAAUCACGAAAGUGAAAAGACCGCCAAUCAAUUUGUGUUUUUGCACUUGGUUUAUCAUCAGGUGCGUCUCUUCAUGAAUCGAUGGGCACUUCCUUCCUCUGGCUUUGGCAGAUUAGACAAGAACAUUCCAAAAACAUUCGUCAUAGACUGUGCUCGAGCCGCUAUCGAUGCCGCAAACAACGUUUCCGUGCUGAUAAAGGAGGCCUUUGACCACAAUGUCACGGCUCCUUUUGCGGGUUAUUGUGCCUUCUAUUCAAGCACUGUACACGUCCAGGGCGUCUUUUCGAAGAAUCCAAGGACGCAGGAGACGGCGAAGCAGAACUUAGCGCACAACGUCAAGUACCUCACCAAAAUGAAGAAGUACUGGGGCAUGUUCCACUUCAUGACAGAGAACUUGAAGGACCUGUAUCGGCACCACGCCGAUGCUGUUUUGAGAGGGUCGCCAGAGUCGCAGGGCAAAUCAGAAGCGAUACUGCAAUACGGCGAUUGGUUUGACCACUAUCCUAGCGGCGUCUCAGAAACUGAUUAUGAAGAUCCAGCAAGGAUGAACAAAGUGGAAACCGGACCGGACACAGUUCUUGGGCAGAAGUCGGAUUUACAAAGCGUAGAGGAAUUUUUCGCAACCCUCUCACCGGCUACAAAGGCAUCACAGUUACGUAAACAGGCGAGGAGGUCAAAAGCAAAGAAAGCCGCAGAAGAGAAUAUACAGGCGCAAGGUAUUACUGGCGGCAAAUCGAUGCCUUUAGAAAGCCAGCAAACUCUUUUCAUGGAGACAGGCCGACAAUCUCUUCCGAGAGGAUCUGAGGCGACAGGCUUCGGCAUACACGGCACUGGGCUCGAAGGCGCUCAGAACUAUAACCUGUUGAAUAAUCACAACCCGCUAAUUCAGCCACCAAUCCUUUCUCAGCUCGAUAGACACCUGGUGCUCUCAUCAUACGCAGGCAUGGAUCCCACAUCCGCAGCGUCAAUUUCAAAUACGAUCAAUGAGCAGCAAAUCCAAGAUCAAGAUGUGCAGACUCCCAUGCUACCGGACACGAGCAAUUACGAUAUGUGGAACACGGAAGGUCUGUCCGGUUUCGGUGGAUUGGGUGCUGAUGCAAGCACGGCCUGGUUUAUGCCUUUCAACCUCGAUCCUCCUCAUCUCUCUACGGAAGAUCCAUUCACUUCCUCAGUUAUCCUUGGAAACUUUGAUUUUGGGGGACAGGAGCUUAUUCGGGGGUAUACCCCUUAAUCUUGGUCGACUCGGUGUUUGAGACAGGUGACAGCGAGGAAAUUUGUCCGAGAUAGGCAUACAUGUUUGGGCUGCAUCAAAAGUACAGAAGCUAGCACGGCUCUCACGUUGCGAUGUUAAGCGUACUCAUGGUCCUCGCCCAAUACAUAUUUCUGUUCUUGGAAAGCACAAGGGACGAUUUUCGUGUUUAUAGGAUAAGCAAAAAUAGUCUCUGUGAAUUCAGCCAAGUUCACCCCUUACAAAACUGCAUUUAUUGAAAAGAACAUCAUUGAGAAAGUAAAUCUGGACGCUGCAACAU